CCCAAGCAGAAACCUCUCCCUGUACUGGGUUUGCUGGAGUUAGGCAGGAUGGGGCUAUCAGGCUGCUUAGGGUUAGUUUUCAUGUGCUGGGUGCUCAAUGAGGGAGCCUGCUACACCCCCUGGGAUUUCUCUAGGAGUGACUCAGCUGUCUGGAGACCCCCACCCAGAGCUAACCCUCCUCGGAGGCAGUCCAGCAUACCCUCUCAAGCCCAGCUCUACCCCUGGGCUUGGGUUGAUGCUUCCCAGCUCAGGGUGGUGUCUCUUCCACAGCCUGUCAUGGUGCUGUGUCAGGAGGCUCAGAUGGUGAUAACUGUGCACAGGGAUCUAUUUGGGACAGGGCAGCUGAUCAAAGCUGCUGACCUGAGCCUGGGCCCAGGUGCCUGCCAACAUGUUGCUGUCAAUGCUGUGGAGCACACCGUGACCUUUGCAGCAGGGCUCCAUGAGUGUGGGACUACUUUGCAGAUGAUCCCAGAUUCCAUAGUCUACAGCACAAAACUGAAUUAUAACCCAAGCCCAGCGAGGAACUCUGUUAUACUAAGAACCAAUCCAGCUGUGAUUCCAAUUGAAUGUCAUUACCCAAGGAAGGGUAAUGUAAGCAGCCAAGCAGUCAGGCCAACCUGGGUUCCUUUUAUCUCCACUCUCUCGGCAGAGGAGAAGCUGGCAUUCUCCUUGCACUUGAUGAAUGAUGAUUGGAGUGCGGAGAGACCAUCCAAUGGAUUCCAACUGGGAGACAUCAUGCACUUCCAAGCUGAAGUCAAUACUGGGAAUCAUGUGCCUCUGCGGCUCUUUGUGGAUAGUUGUGUAGCUACCCUGACCUCAGACAGGAACUCUUCUCCACGAUAUACCAUUAUUGACUUCAAUGGAUGUUUGGUGGAUGGAAGAUCAGAUGAUACCACCUCAGUCUUCAUAUCCCCAAGGCCUAGACAGGAUGUACUUCGGUUUAUGGUCAAUGUGUUUAAGUUUGCAGGGGAUGCCAGGGACUUGAUCUAUAUUACUUGUCAUCUGAAGGUCACUCCAGCAGGUCAGACACCAGACCUCUUGAACAAGGCUUGUUUCUUCAACAAAGCAGGGAACAUCUGGUCUCCUGUGGAAGGCACCAGGGAUAUCUGCAGCUGCUGUGAGACUGGAAGCUGCAGGCUGCUAGGACACUCCAGGAGAGUGAACCCCUCAUCUAGAUGGCCAGGAAGGCAGUUCAGGAGAGAUGUGUCUUCCAGGCAUAAUCACAUGGUAAGAGAAGUGGACCUUGUGGUUGGACCACUCUUCAUCCACAGUCUUCAGGAUGAGAUGGAGCCAAGGAAAACACCACAGGAUCCAGAAGAAAACCCCUGGAUGGCACUAAUGUUAGCAGCCCUAGCUGGAGCUGUCAUUCUAGUCCUGGCUGCUCUGAUCAUCUGCAAAAAACCACAGCAACCCCAUUUUGUGAGCCAUUCAUGACUGCGAGCUGUAUAAUAAAGAGUGAAGUGAAGCUGAACAGAAAGCUCAA